GCAUAACGGCACAGCAACCCCUUCUCUUACCUCCCGCCCUCUCUCAAUAUUUCGAAACUCUCACUUCAACUUCCCCCUUUCAAAUUCGAAACCCCAAAAAUGGUGCCACCCUACUAGGGUUCAUCUGAAAAGAGAGGGAAAAAGUGAGAAAUUCAUCCCUAAAUUCACCUGCGAUCAAGUUGAAUCACUCUAAAUUCACAAAUUAUGGUGUUGAUCAGUGAUACUGAGGGUUCCGAUUUAGUGAACCCACUCGUCGACAGAUCCUACUUAUCUCUCUUUCGUCGGACCUUGAGUUCUUCUUCAGUACCGUCUAUUACCCAAUUUUCGAACUCUAAUUCUUCCAUUUCCGACGCUUUGAACACUCAUCUCAAAGCUAGAGUGUUAAGUAGUCCUGACAAGUUGUUGAAGCAGACAAAAACCAUACUAGAAGAAGCUGUUUUUGCAGAAAAAGAAAAAGUCCCUCGAGAGAGAAGACCUGGUCUAGGACUUAAGCGGGCGAAGUUUUCUGCAAAACCUAUUCCAAGUCAGUCUGCUGCGACUUUGGAUUUUAGCAUAGAUGUUGAUAAACUGAGUGAUCCAGUGGAAUACUUUGCAGCCUAUGAAAGGAUGGAAAAUGCGAAAAAGGAAGUGCAAAGACUAAAAGGUGAACCACUCUUGGACUUGGAUCAAAAUCGUGCAUCUUUGGCUCCCAGGCUUCGACGACCUAGUCUUCUGGGGCGGUCAGCCACCUAUACACACCGCUUUUCCUCUUCAAUUACAGCGGCUGAUGUUGAUGAGACUCUUUUGAAUUCUCAAGAAACAUUUGUUAGUGACGUAUUAAGCCCUACUCGCGGUGGUGUCCUGCCAGAUGCUACUGUUACAAAAAACUCACCAAGGGUGAGAGUGCCUGAACCCAAGUCCACGACAGCCAGCAAAUUCAGCGAGCUUGAUGAGCUACUGGGCUCUAGUUUUGAAGGGUUAGAUGAGGAUGGAUUACAAAAUCUCCUCCGAGACAAACUACAGAUAAAAGCUCUAGAUAUUGGUAAAACUUUCUUUCCUGACUGGCGAGUUCAGCUGCGUGAAUCUUCGAUUUCAAGCUCAGCCUUGCGAAAGAAGAAUGAAGCGGUAAUUCAUUUGUCGGGAAAGAGUAAAGCUACCAGAAGUGGAGACAAAGUAUCUCCUGCGAAAUCCAAUAGUCCAUUGGCUUCCCUCUCAUUUUUGAAUAGACACAUUGCAAAACGUACCCCAUCAAUGGACCCAUUUUCACCCAUUCACGGUGAUUUAUCAUCAGCAGAAGCUACAGAUCCUACUAGAGAACCGGAAAAAAGGGUGGAUCGGCCUGGCCAAUCUGAUGAGGUUAAUUUGCUUGAAAUUAGGAGCUCUACAGUUAACGAGAACGAGAAUAUUGCGGUUUCUGGCGAGGAUCCUUCUGUCUCUGUAGCAAAGGAUGCAGAUCCCAUUAGCAAGCCUAGAGAAAAGGAGAAUGGGGUUGGGCAAUCUGAACUGAUUGGUAAUAGGAAGGAUUCGUGUGAAUCUGCAGUGCAUUUAGAAGAAAAUAUUGCCGUUUUUGGUGAGGAUCCUUCUCUCUCUGUAGAAAAGGAUGCAGAUCCGAUUAGCAAGCCUAAAGAAAAGGAGGAUGGGGUUGGGCAAUCUGAACCGAUUGGUAAAAGGAAGGAUUCAUGUGAAUCUGGAAGAUCUGCAGGGCAUAUAGAAGAGAACAUUGCCGUUUCUGGUGAAGAUUCACCUGUAUUGGCAUCUAAUGAUAUAGGUCCAGCUAGUGAGCCCGAAAGGCAUGACGAUGAGGUGGAUGCAGCCCGGUUACCUAUACGACAACUCAUCUUUGAGGGUGUUGAUCGGGAGAGCUUUUGUUCUAGUGGAGGUGUAAAACCAUUAAGUACCAUUCCGGAAUUCUGGGCAGGUGAACCAUUAAGUACAGAGAACAUUUCUGUUGAAGAACCUUCUGAGGAAGCAGCGGGAUCUUCCAAGAGGAGAUUACAAGAGAAGGAAAAAUCAAAGGUACCAUCUGAAGCAGUUCUCUCUGAGGAAAGAUCGAAGAAAGGACGGCGAGCAAAAAAGAAUCAGUUGGAGGCGCCUGUUGCUAGCGAAGCUAGGAAUAAACGGAGAAAAGUGGAAGAUUCUCAACCAGGACACAGUAAAGGAGAUAAGAAUCUUCGCAGAACCAGCUUAUACUAUGCUGGUACGAAAUGGGAAGCUGGAGUUAGGCGUAGUACACGGAUAAGGAUGAGACCAUUGGAGUACUGGAGAGGUGAACGGUUUUUGUAUGGACGUGUUCAUCAGAGUUUACUGACUGUGAUCGGAGUGAAGUAUGCCUCCCCAUCAAACCCCGGAGUCAAGGUGAAGUCUUUUGUCUCUGAUGAAUACAAAGAUAUGGUUGAGUUCGCCUCACACUGAAGUAGCAAAAAGAAAAAAAAAAAACUGGGAUUUGUAUUAUUUGUAAUGUAAAUUUAUGAGCUUGUCUAAUUAGUGUCAUUAAUGAGAACGAUCCAGUUCCUUCAUUUGGGUCAGUUUUAGCUUUUCGGCAAUUAUGUUAAUCAUAAUCUCAAAUCGAACUCUAGGCAGUUGAAGAUUUAUCAACGAUGAUGAAAGUUGAAUAUAAAUUCACAUACUUGACUUCUAUUUUCAUGUAAUUCACUAUAUAUACUAGAUGUAAUUUACAUGUUUUA